UAUCUCCCCUUGACUUCUCUUGGAGGCCAUUGAUGGAAGCGUAGAAGGAGAGAGACAAUCUCUUCUUCUAAAUUCAUUCAUUCGUAAUCCUCGAACGGAUUCUCAUUCUUCGGUCGACCAGGGCGAGGGCUGCCACUGCAUCUAGUUUCGCGUCCCCUGGCCUUUGGGGAAGAUGGCGUCCUCCAAUACCGACCUCACCUUGGAAGAGAUCAAGAAUGAGAACAUCGACCUCGAGAGAAUACCUGUGGAUGAAGUGUUUGAGCAGCUGAAAUGCACAAGAGAAGGUUUGACAACCGAAGAAGGGCAGAAGAGGCUCCAAAUCUUCGGCCAGAACAAGCUUGAAGAGAAAAAGGAAAGCAAAUUGCUCAAGUUUUUGGGCUUUAUGUGGAAUCCCCUAUCAUGGGUCAUGGAGUGUGCAGCGAUCAUGGCCAUUGCCUUGGCCAAUGGAGGGGGAAAGCCUCCGGAUUGGCAAGAUUUCAUAGGUAUUGUAGUGUUGCUGAUCAUCAACUCCACCAUCAGUUUCAUCGAAGAGAACAACGCUGGAAAUGCCGCUGCCGCUCUGAUGGCUGGUCUUGCCCCUAAGACCAAGGUGCUGAGAGAUGGGAAGUGGAGUGAACAAGAGGCAGCGAUACUGGUGCCGGGAGAUGUGAUCAGUGUGAAGUUGGGUGACAUCAUCCCCGCCGAUGCUCGUCUCUUGGAAGGAGAUCCCCUCAAGAUCGACCAGUCUGCCCUCACAGGUGAAUCGUUACCCGUAACAAAGCACCCUGGUGAUGAGGUCUUCUCCGGCUCCACCUGCAAGCAAGGUGAGAUCGAGGCUGUUGUUAUCGCCACUGGUGUCCAUACCUUCUUCGGGAAGGCUGCCCACCUCGUGGACAGCACCAACCAAGUCGGUCACUUCCAGAAGGUGUUGACGGCGAUCGGUAACUUCUGCAUCUGCUCUAUUGCCAUUGGAAUGUUGGUAGAGAUCAUAGUCAUGUACCCGAUCCAGCACAGGAGGUACAGAGAGGGCAUUGACAACCUCCUCGUACUUCUCAUCGGAGGUAUCCCGAUUGCUAUGCCAACAGUUCUGUCUGUAACAAUGGCCAUUGGGUCACACCGCCUGUCGGAGCAGGGAGCCAUCACAAAGAGGAUGACCGCCAUUGAGGAAAUGGCUGGGAUGGAUGUCCUGUGCAGCGACAAGACCGGGACUCUCACACUCAACAAGCUCACCGUCGACAAGUCCUUGAUUGAGGUUUUCCCCAAGGACAUGGACAAGGAUGAUCUUAUGCUGCUGGCUGCUAGGGCAUCCCGAGUUGAGAACCAGGAUGCCAUCGAUGCCUCGAUUGUCGGAAUGCUGAAUGAUCCUAAGGAGGCAAGGGCAGGGAUCACAGAGGUCCAUUUCUUACCAUUCAAUCCGGUGGACAAGCGCACGGCGAUCACUUACAUUGACAGCAAUGGCGAUUGGCAUCGUUGCAGCAAAGGUGCACCGGAACAGAUAAUUGAGCUCUGUGGCCUCAAGGGCGAAGCGUGCAAAAAGGCUCAUAAAAUAAUCGACAACUUCGCCGAGCGCGGUCUCCGUUCCCUUGGAGUUGCCCGACAAACAGUUCUCGAGAAGACCAAGGAGAGUGAAGGAGAGCCGUGGGAGUUCGUCGGUCUCCUGCCCCUGUUUGAUCCCCCGAGGCAUGACAGUGCAGAGACCAUCCGUCGGGCUCUUGACCUUGGUGUCAAUGUGAAGAUGAUCACGGGUGAUCAGCUUGCCAUCGGCAAAGAGACAGGCCGCAGGCUCGGGAUGGGCACCAACAUGUACCCUUCAUCAUCUCUCCUCGGUGAGAGCAAGGACAGCGCAGUCGCCUCACUUCCUGUUGAUGAGCUCAUUGAACAGGCUGAUGGAUUUGCCGGUGUCUUCCCUGAGCACAAGUACGAGAUCGUGAAGAGACUACAGGAGAGGAAGCAUAUAUGUGGAAUGACGGGAGAUGGUGUCAACGAUGCCCCUGCCCUGAAGAAGGCAGACAUCGGGAUUGCAGUGGCAGACGCCACCGAUGCUGCAAGGAGCGCCUCUGACAUUGUCCUCACAGAGCCAGGGCUAAGCGUGAUAGUCAGCGCCGUGCUCACGAGCAGGGCCAUCUUCCAGAGGAUGAAGAACUACACAAUUUAUGCGGUCUCUAUCACCAUUCGUAUUGUGCUAGGAUUCCUGCUCAUUGCCCUCAUCUGGAAGUUCGACUUCUCCCCAUUCAUGGUGCUCAUCAUUGCUAUCUUGAAUGACGGCACCAUCAUGACCAUUUCCAAGGACAGGGUGAAGCCAUCUCCAGUCCCCGACUCGUGGAAGCUCAAUGAGAUCUUUGCCACUGGGGUGGUGAUUGGGACCUACCUUGCCCUCAUGAGCGUGCUCUUCUUCUGGCUUGCUCAUGACACUGAUUUCUUCUCGAAUGUGUUCGGAGUGAGGUCAAUUAGUCACAACGUUGAUGAGCUCACUGCCGCACUCUACCUUCAAGUGAGCAUCAUCAGUCAGGCACUCAUCUUCGUGACCCGCUCACGCAGCUGGUCCUUCGUGGAGCGCCCAGGCCUCUUGCUCGUUGGUGCCUUCAUCGCUGCUCAGCUUGUGGCCACAGUGAUCGCUGUGUACGCCAGCUGGUUAUUCGCGAGGAUUGAAGGGAUCGGGUGGGGAUGGGCAGGAGCCAUCUGGGUCUUCAGCAUUGUCACAUACCUUCCCCUCGACGUCCUCAAGUUCAUCAUCCGCUAUUCCUUGAGCGGCAAAGCUUGGGACAAUCUCUUCCAGACCCACACCGCUUUCUCUACCAAGAAGGACUACGGAAAGAACGAGAGGGAGGCACAGUGGGCCCAAGCUCAAAGGACGUUGCACGGCUUGAAGCACGCCGAUGCGUUGUUCCAGGACAAGAAUUACCGCGAGCUCUCUGAGCUUGCCGACCAAGCAAAGAGAAGAGCAGAGAUGGCGAAAAUGACCACACAGGCUUGAGGCUUGGCAAUACCAAUCUAGAGUCGGAGUUACUUAGUCCAUUGUAUUAGCCCGCACUCGCCAUGGACCUAUGAGAAAAUGGUGUCUGCCGCCAAAACUCCGAAAUACCAGAGCAUGUAACCAUCAACGUUAUUGAGGGAGCAAGACAUAAUUUUUUU